GUCUCGUAUCGCGAGAUCUCGGGGGCCAUUAAGUAGUCAACAGUCCUACCUGAGGUACUCUCUCCCGGGAGUUGUUUGUCACCUACAGACGGCAGUCCGGACAUCAUGAAGUGAACUUAAUGUGAAAAUGUCUGAAGACAACUCACCAUCUUAUUCAUCCAUCGCUGCCUCUCAGGAACAAGAAGAGUUUAAGAACAGAAACUUGAUAAAUUCCUCUUUGACUGCAAGCAGCCAGACAGAUAGCUUAACUAAAGCCCCCACAAUGCUGUCCAAUUUUACCUGUGUUAGACCUGGCGUUGGCUCUGUUAAGAAGUUGGUAAUCAAAAACUUCAAAGAUAAACACAUCAUGCUGGAAAACUAUACUGAAGAAACAUGGCAGAAGUUAAAAGAAGCUGUACAAGCUGUCCAGAACAAUAUCUCUACUGAAUACAGCUUGGAAGAACUCUAUCAGAGUGUUGAAAACCUGUGCUCUUACAACUUAUCUGCAAACCUGUAUGAACGAUUGAGGCAAAUUUGUGAAAAGCACAUCAAAGCACAAAUCCAACAGUUCAGCGAGGAUUCUAUGGAUAAUGGCCCUUUUCUGAAGAAAAUGGAUAAAUGCUGGCAAGACCAUGGCAGACAAAUGAUCAUGAUUAGGAACAUUUUUCUGUUCCUAGAUAGAACUUACAUUUUUCAGUUUUCGAUGUUGUCUUCCAUUUGGGAUAUGGGACUUGAAUUAUUUAAAUCACAUAUAAUUUGUGAACAGAGUGUUCAUAGCAAAACUGUAAAUGGAAUACUUUUGUUGAUUGAAAAGGAAAGAAAUGGUGAAAUGAUUGAUCGAGGCUUAAUCAAAAGGCUUUUAGUUAUGCUUUCUGAUUUGCAGAUUUAUCAAGAAUCUUUUGAGAAUAAGUUUUUAGAGGAAACAAGCAGAUUCUAUGCAACAGAAGGAAGGAAGCUGGUGCAAAAUAGAGAGAUUCUUGAAUGUCUUUACCACAUCAAGAAACUACUAGAAGAAGAGUUAAAUAGAGUUAGAACCUACCUACACAUGAACACACAGAAGCUACUAAUUGCUAUUGUAGAAAAGCAGCUUCUAGGUGAACAUUUAUCAAAAGUUCUUCAGAAAGGCUUAGGCUGUCUUCUUGAUGAAAGCAAAAUUGAGGAUUUGUCUCUACUCUAUCAACUGUUUGGAAGGGUAGAAUGUGGAGUUCAAGUACUUCUCCAGCAUUGGAUUGGCUAUAUAAAGAAAUUUGGCAGCAGCAUAGUUGAUAAUCCUGAUAAGGAAAAGACGAUGGUGCAAGAACUUCUGGACUUCAAAGAUAAGAUUGAUUUUAUUAUUGAAGCCUCUUUUAUGAAGAAUGAGAAGUUUAUUGUUGCUAUGAAAGAAGCUUUUGAAUCAUUUAUUAACAAAAGGCCUAACAAGGCAGCUAUGCUUCUAGCCAAAUAUGUGGAUUCAAAACUUCGUGCAGGUAACAGAGAAGCUACUGAUCAAGAACUUGAGGAAUUGUUAAAUAAAAUAAUAAUUUUAUUUAGGCUUAUUAAUGGGAAAGAUGUCUUUGAAACUUUCUACAAAAAAGAUCUAGCAAAACGGCUCUUACUUGAUAAGAGUGCUUCAAUUGAUGCAGAAAAGUCAAUGCUUUCCAAACUUAAACAAGAAUGUGGGUCUGCUUUCACUAAUAAACUGCAAGGAAUGUUUAGAGACAUGGAACUUUCCAAAGAUAUCAUGGUUCAGUUAAAACAGCACAUGCAGAAUCAGGAUGUGCCAGGGAAUAUUGAAUUAAAUGUGAAUAUCCUGACAGCAAGCUUUUGGCCAGCCUAUAUCCCUAAGGAAAUACAGUUACCCCGAGAGAUGGAAAGGCUUCAGGAAAAGUUCAAAAAUUUCUACUUAAGCAAGCACAGUGGCCGGAAACUUCAGUGGCAGUCGACUCUUGGGCACUGUGUUCUUAGAGCUGACUUUAAAAAGGGCAAAAAAGAACUUCAAGUGUCCCUUGUCCAAGCAUUAGUGCUUUUGAUGUUUAAUGAAGGUGAUCAGUUCAGUUUGGAAGAAAUUAAGGUGGCUACCAGAGUAGAGGACAGAGAACUAAGAAGAACCUUACAGUCAUUAGCUUGUGGCAAAGCAAGAGUUCUCAACAAAAAUCCAAAAGGAAGAGAUGUGGAAGAUGGUGACAAAUUUUUUUAUAAUGAUGAAUUCAAACAUAAACUCUUCAAGAUAAAGAUUAAUCAAAUCCAGAUGAAAGAAACGAGUGCAGCAGAUAUUGGCGCUGAUGUGGAUAAGAAGAGUGAUCUCCGAGGUGAAUGUGUAUGGGUGCUGGCUGUGGCCACAGCAAAACCGGGAAGAGUUUCAGUCGCUCUGCUGCAUGCAAAGCUUCUGAUCUCUUCUCUGAGAUUGGCUGCUGGAGGCCUCCACCUUCAGAAGCCCACCAAGGCCUUCUGGAAGAUCAACGGGCUGGGGGCAGAAAUCGCUGACCCUGAAACGCAGGAGAUCCGAAACUGCUGCGAAUCCUGGGGCCUGCAGCAAGCCCUUAUAUUUCUUAUCAGACCCUCCACCCCAGCAGUACUGUUUGUGUUUUCCCUGGGGCUCCCCAUCCUCACUAGCAUCCCCCUCCAGGGGGCACCACCGGUUAACAGUCUUUGA